UACUCAUCGACGGACGACUUCAGGAAGGCCUUUAUCUACGCAUCCAUACUAAACAUAUCAUCAUGGCUGCCUUGGAGCAAACUUUUGUCACGGAAAACGCCGAAAUAGGGCCCACUCGCUCAAUAAACAGCCAGCCAAGAAUUCUUAGCUUAAAUAUUACUAAUAAGUCGCCGCAACUUCUUGGCUGGAUAAUACGCCUCCUUUGCUUUUUCUGGGAUUAUACGGAAAGUAAUUUCACCACAUUCGUUAUUCCAAAUUCGAGUUUCGGUCUGCUAAGUGCAUUGGCAUCAUCCGUUCUAUCAGAAGGAUCAAGGCCCUCAACCAAAAAUCUCUUAUGGCGCGCUCCACUUGUCGUACUCUUCAACUGGUUCAAUGUCUUGAACUUUGACCUCGCGAAUCAAAGGUCUCCGAAAUCUAUUCAGGAAGAUCGUUUGAACAAGCCUAGACGCCCGAUUGUAGCCGGAAAAGUGACAGUGGACCAGACUCGCAGGGCUAUGCUUGCUACGAUUCCAGCGGCUUGGCUAUUCAACUAUGCUUUAGGUGUCUGGAAACAGGGAGCUUCUAUCCAAAUUUUGACGUGGAUGUAUAACGAUCUCGAGGGUGGCGACGAGAUAAUUCGGGACCUAAUUAUUUCUAUCGCUUACGGCAUGUUCAAUAGCGCAUCUCUCGAAAUCGCGUUAGGGUCGGGACAAGCCGGCCAAAUUAGCCGGAGGGGAAUAAUCUGGACUGCUAUUAUCAGUAUGGUUAUUUUGACCACGAUGCAGGUCCAAGACCUCAAGGAUCAAGCCGGCGAUCGAACCAGGGGCAGAAAGACUAUCGUUGUCUUCUUCGGCGAGCGAGCAUCACGUACGUCUAUCGCGCUCUUCGUCAGCUUUUGGUCCUUGGUAUGCCCGAUAUUCUGGAGCACCGGGCCCUUAGGAUACUUGAUUGUUGGUACACCCGGGGCUUGGGUUGCGUGGAGAGUAACGCGGAAACAAGGCCCAGCGGAAGAUUGCAAAACGUGGAAAUCGUGGUGCCUCUGGACUGUGGCGCUUUACUUCAUGCCCAUCGCUUAUCUCCUCGGGUUUUGAUCUCGCGCCAGUAUUAUGUGUCGCCCCUUUGCGAAUGUGACGGAUAUUUCGUUGCGAUACCAUAUAGGUAAACUCUCAACAGUUUAUGCGAAUAAGGUGUUAUCUUUUUAUAUAACCAGGUGUUCGUCGGGGUUUCCAGGAAUCAUAAAAGAGGAUUUCGACAACACAAGAAGACGAGUACGAUACACAUAAAAAUGCCAGUUGCAUUACUUAUCUAAACCGAAAGAUCAAACGAAACUCGAUAGCCUUUCCGAUUUCCGAAAUAAUUAUUCUCUAAGUGUCCGGGUGCCUACCCUGCUCAAAAUAUGUCCUUCCCCAACCCGAAUGUGUUUCGAUAGGUACCUAG